AACGCUGGUGGCGCUCGGCGUUGCCCUCUCGCUGGUCGGAUUUCGGGGUGGGGCGGCAGCAGCAACGCGCCCGCUUUUCUAGGCGAGCUGGCGGUUGUCGGUGGCUCCGCUAGUCGCCCCGUCACGUAGGUUACGCACACAAUCACUCCCUAGGACGGCCCGGAGCCCGUCCAGGCAGCUGCGACCUCCCCAGACCCGGGCACCCCGGAGGCUGGGGCCGCAAUGGUGCGGGUCGAGGGCCCGAGAUGGAGCUGACCAGGGGCCGGAGGGGCUGAGAAGAGCCUGCUCAACUUGGGGCCAAGCACGAAGCCCUUCCCCGCCCGUCGGGCUCCUGGGUUCCCGCCAGCCGAUUUCCAGCCGUCAGGGUCACGCCACUCGCUGGAAACCCUGAACUCUGUGCCCACAAGCCCUGAGACCCCUGCGGGAAUGUUCAAAAAUGAGUACCAGGGAGGUGCAUUUGUUGAAAUUUUCAGUGCUCAAGGAAAAAAUCCUGGAGCAAAAUGGAAGAUCCUUGGCAGUCCAUCUGUGAUUUGGAAAGAGUUUGAUAAAGAAGUUAAAAGUUUUGUGUUUGUCCUGGAAGGCAGCAGCCAAACAAAUAAAAUUCAAUUACCAAAGGAAAAUAAGCAAAUCCUUGGAUUGAUCCAGAGGUUUCUUGUACUUCAGAUUUACGUACCCCUGGGACAAGACUUCUCCACCGAAUUGCUAAUUACUGAUUUAGGGAACAUCAAGCGAAGAUUGUAUUUAUCAACGGUCCAUAAGGAACUAUCCUCAACUCCUCUUCAUGCAAAAAUUCCACUCUUUAUGAUCAAACGUAAGAUUUGGUGCAAUCUAUGCAUUGACUUGGUAGCAUUCACCAGUGAAAUAUUCAAGGGGGCAGUUUUCCAGUCAUUGGAUGGAAUUGUUGUCUCAGCUAACUGCAAGCUACGGAAGAUCUUCACCUUAAAAUCAAAGCCUCAAGACACUGCUGAUAAAGAUGCCAUCUAUGGUGUUCCCUUUUCAACAGAUGAGCCUACAGACAUUAUACCACGAAGCUGUCAGCUAACGACAGAUGUUCCACACGUCACACAGUUGCUAAACAUGACUAAACUUCGCCAGACUGAAAUAAAAUUUGGAGGCCAUCCUCUAAGAUCAGCAGAAUCAGAUCAAUUCGUUAACAGAGGAACAGGUAGUGCACGGAACAGUAAAAAUCAAGAUGUUUGUCAUAUCGCCUUUGGAUCCAAAGUUCUUGGGCCACCUCCACUCUCUGGCAAAAGGAAUAACAUGAGGAUAUCCAGCGAGACAGUGAGAUCCAUUGGGUCCAAAAAUAACCGAUCAUGCCAGCCGUCCACUGUAGAGAAGUGUGUUAAUGGUACAGAAAUGUCAGCCUUACUGAUAUCUGAGUCUGAGGAGCAAGGAAAUAAAGAAAACAUUCACCAGAUAAAACAGACUAUACCUAUUCAUGCAGCCAAUCUACAUAUUAUGCAUCCGCAUCCCCCUCAAGAACCAUCAGCAGAUAAGAAUAAUAACAGAAGAAGAUUAUGGUUAAAAAGCACCAGCAGAGAAAGGACAGAGACACCCAGCGGCAGCUCUUCAGGAAAUAGUAGGAAUGAAGAUAAAGCAUCAACUGUCCUCACUACUGUGUCCCAACAAGGAGCAGAGCUGUUGAACUCCAUCACUCUAGGACCCCAGUCUCCUGAUCAGUCAGAUGAGUGGAUCUUUCCUGAAAAUGCUGAUCACAUUUCAUAUCUGGCAUCUAGCAGACAGUCUCUACUUCUGGAUGAUGACUCCUCCAAUCUGUCACAUCUGUGUCUGGAAGCCAGCAAGGACAGUGAACAUGACCAGCAGGCAGAGGAAUCUCAGAGUGUUCCAAAGGACAUUUUCACUUUUUCAUCAAGACCACGAUCGGCACCUCAUGGAAAGACUCAGACUAUGUCCCCAGAGGAGCUCUCAUUUAUUUUGGAUCUAAAAGAGGAUAACAGUGUGAAAAGCAGAGACGCCCAAUCAGAGGAUGAUUUUUACGGUGGUGACAGCAGUGAAAAGGGUAACCACAGUAUCCAGGGUUCUCCAGGCCCAACAACUGGUCCUUCAGGAUUAACUCAGUUAACUUUAGAGAGCCUGCUGGGGAAAGCUGCAAGGUGGACAAGUAAGGAAUAUAUAAAGAGCACCUACACAGAAGCAGGAGCCACAGAAAGCCAGGAUUCCUCGGCGAAGCAAAGAGAUAGAAAUGACUUUCAAAUGAGUUUGUUGCCUAUACCAUGCCUUUCUCCAACUGGAAGAAGUUGUGGAUCCUCUCAGAAAACUCCAGACCCCCUAAUCAAAGCAAAGGACCUACCAGCCCAGCAAGUGCCAGCUUCGCUAAAUAAAAUCUCCCUGAAAGAAAUCUCAGGGGAAAGGCUGAGCUCAAUCCCUGAAGCAUCUGAAUAUGACUGGCGAAACUAUCAGCCCAGCCAGAUGAGUGAAUCCGAGUUACAGAUGCUAGCGAGCCUACGGCGGCAACAAAAUGAAGAACUGGAGGAUGCUGGGACCUCCCAUGGCCUGAGUGCAUCCCAGGUGGACAACUGUAAUGUCAGCAUAAGUACCAGCAGUGACGACACAGCCACCUGGAACUCCUGCCUGCCACCUCCUGUCAACCAGGGUCGCCACUAUCAGAAAGAAAUGAACCCACCUUCUCCUUCUAACCCCCGGGACUGGUUAAAUAUGUUGAGCCCACCAAUUGUUCCUCCCAGUCAACAGCCGGCUGAGCAGCGUCCAGAUUCCUCUGAAAGUUUGAGUGCUCAAGGUGGGAAUAUGAAAAAUGCUAUGCAUAAGAAGAUAAAAAUAAUUUACUGUGAAGAAGACCUCAGUGUGGAAGAGGACGAGGAAGUACUGACUUUGUUGUAUGACCCUUGUCUGAACUGUUACUUUGACCCCCAAACUGGGAAAUACUAUGAGUUGGUAUAAUGCCUCCUUCCAGGGCAGAGAACAGGCACUCCCAGCUGGAGCAGGAUAGCAGUUCAGGGUCUCUUAAGGAGUCACUACAACUUGUGUAUUGGUGAUCACAAAAUCAACAGUAACUGAGAGAAACGAAUUCAUUUUGUAAAUAAUUCCUUUUAUAGAUGAGUAUGAUUUUGAAACUAAAGAAAUUAAUACAGAGGCAAGAUUUUAGGACUUUGAAUUGGUUCUUAUUUGUUCUCAUUACACAUAUAAUUUUGAUUGUUUCAGAUAAUUUUAUGUAAACAAAUUAAGAGUUAUUCAAAAUUUUUGCAGUGUUAAUCUGUAAAUGAUGGCUUGAUAUACAGAAAAUGUAUUUUUGUUUGAAAGAUGCCUGGGUACCUUUUAUUCUAUGACAUUUGUAUUAAAAAUAAAGUAUGAUGGUUAGAAGAAUAGCUUUUAAA